AGAAAUAAUAAUAAUAACAAUAAUAAUAGUUAGCAAUAUCAGCCAUAGGUAUGCCGAGAAAAUUUCUUCUUCUUCUUCUAGUAGUUCUUCUAGCAUGUUCUAUCGCAGAUUCCCGAAAACCCAAACACACCCAUAUCCAAUUCUACAUGCAUGAUAUCGUAAGCGGACCAAACGCCACAGCCAUCCCAGUUGCCAGGAGGUUAUCAAACUACACAGGUUCCGACCCAAUUGCCACCAUGUUUGGGACGGUUUCAGUUAUUGAUAACCCACUAACAACGACACCGGACCUGAACUCUACGCUGAUCGGACGGGCCCAAGGUAUAUACGCCACGGCUUCACAGCACGUUGAGUACAGCCUUCUCAUGACACUGACGGUUGGCUUCACGAGUGGACCAUACAACGGCAGCACGUUGAGUGUGGUGGGUCGGAACCCUGUGAUGAGUGAAGUGAGGGAGAUGCCGAUCGUUGGAGGAACUGGGUUUUUCAGGCUUGCUCAUGGAUAUUGCUUUGCAAGAACAUAUUCUAUGGAUCAAAUGGACGCAGUGAUUGGAUAUAAUGUUACUGUUGUUCAAUACUAGAGGAAA